GUGAAGAGGACAAGUGAAGAGGUGUUUUAUGGUUGAAAAAGACCAGGCUGAAAUCAAUGCCAUCCGUAAGGUGUUCAACGAGUCAGACAGUCUCCUUUGUUGGUACCAUGUAACGCAAGCAGUAACUUGUUGGCUGUCAAUAUCUGAAUCUGGUGUGAGUGGACCUGAAAAGGCAGAUUCAAGAGCGCACAUCAUACAGUUUAUGUCAGAGAUGAAAUGCUGUUCAAAGGCACAAGAAUUUAAGGAAAAGGCUGAGAUGUUUCACUGCCAGUUUAGGAACUUCAAAUAUGUCUGCAAGUACUUCAGGAACAACUGGGAGACAAUUGGUCAUCUGUGGUCUAACUUUGGAAGAUGCUAUAAACAGAGACUCUGACACAAACAGGGAGACUGGUCUGAAAUACAUGAUACCCCCAUGAAAAACGGAAGUGUUGGCAGGUGUGCUUACCAGUUUAAUAUUUGAUCUGCAAUAGUUAGAAAUCAGACUGUUAUAUCUUUUAAGCGUAACGCCUGUUUCACACCGCAAGCGUCAGCGGUGCGUGUUUUUUUGGCGUCCAUGUUAACAGAUUAGAGCUUUCAUACGUUGCUGAAGCAGCAGUGCAGCGAUAGUUUCGGCGCUGGGUCUAUUUUUGACGCGCUGCUCACGCUCAAAGUGACAGUGCAUUGAUAAUGACCUAAAUACAUUGAAUGACAGUAAAAAGUAACAAUUUUACUCAAUAAAUGCGUCAAUAAUAUCAACUGAUUUAUAUAUAGUCAAUCAAAUGAACUUAAACCAUUAAAAACUGCAACAAACCUUUAUUUCGGGCCAAACUACAAAACCAAUAGUUAAACAAUUUUAGUAUCAGUUUUCUUGGCGAGGGGAAGUGAUUUACGGGAAUUGUAGUCCAUAGCAAAGUGUAUUGUGGGUAGUGUAGUUCGACAUGCAUGCUGGAUGAUGUGAACUCGCUGUGUGCUGUGCUGCUCAAGCAGAGGAAGAAAGCUUUAUUCGGCUUUGCUUUAUGUUCGCUCAAGUUAUUUCACCUGGGAGCUGUUCGCACUGUGAACCUGACAACACGAAAAUAAGUAAAGGAAGGGCAUGCAUUGA